GUCAUUUCUGGUUUUCUUACCUCAGCCACCAAUUUCUUAACUUACUCUUGAAAAAUGUUUGGUUUGAAGCAUGCUCAUGUUAUUAUAUGGUUUCUUAUGACUCCAUCGCUCACUGCACACGGGGGUAUCGUUUACAUCCACAGAGUAAGAAAUUCAUCCGUUGAAAUUUCUUGUGAAUCUGCAAACAAAGAGGAAAAACCAUUUGCCUUUUCGCUGAAACGAAAAUUGCUCCAGUCUAGACAAGUUCUGUAUCUUUCUAAAGGACGCUCACCAUAUAUCAAUACAUCGGAGGAAAAGGAUCGCAUCACUGUACGAGAUGAGUUAGAAAAUCAUGCCAUUCAUCUGACAAUCUCAAACCUCCAAGGACGGGACACAGACGUAUACCACUGUGUUUUCCACUAUGGGGUUCUCCCAUAUGAAAAGAAUGUACCUGGCAAGACGGAGUUCUUCAUCUAUGUUGAAGACUACUUUCAUGAGUCUUAUAAUUGUUCAAACUAUCUGCCAUUGCUGUAUGUGAUCUCUGGAGCUGCGUGUCUGCUGGGUGUUCUGGUCUUUAGCCUCACUGCAGCUUACUGCUGUAAAUGCCCUAAACGUAGAAAGCUGCAGCCUACAGUUCCUGUUUAUGAGGAGAUGGCCGGGGUGCGGCCUGCCAAAGGAAAAGCCACACGCUCUCACACAGAUAUUGCAAAACUGGAAGAAGCUAACAGUUCUGCAGCAACCUUGUUCGCUAACCAAAACCUCUAUGUAAAUUAAAUCAGUGAAAAGUAAAGUAGUGAAUGAGAAUUCCCUCAAGACAAUGCUCUUGAAAAGUUUUUGGUUUUUGAACAGAAAAUUUGUGUUUUCGUCUUUCCGAUAUACCUCCAUGCUUGCACGCCUUGUGUAAUUUCUUUGUAACAAAAUAUCCACUUACAGCUUUUUAAUCGUUUACCUUUUCGUAAAAAAAAAUGACAAACUAAAACAAACUGUUUCACAUUUCAGAGGUAUGCGUUAUCAAUGUUAUUUAUUUGGUGGUUCUGUUUCUGACAGUGUUAUACUGGGUCUGACACCGUUAUAAACAGUGGCAAGUUGCCUUAAGUAAAUAGUUGGCAUUUCACAAAAUGUAUUUUUGCAGAACCCGUUCAUUGAAAAGGUGGAAGUGGCAAUGAAAAACAAAUCCAGUUAAUAUGUUUACAUCAUUGUUCUGUUCAGAUCUUAUGUAAAACAGUGAAUCAUGCAAAUAAAGUCUUGAACAUUG